AUGAUGAAGGUUUGUAAGAGUAAUGGUAAUAUUAAGGAGAAUGAUGAUAAUGAUAGAGGGUGUAUGUUGGUUAGUUCAAUAAGUUUGGGUGAAAUAUUUAGGAAUGAAGUUAAACUUAAUAACUUACCCGAAAUAAAUGGUAGAAUAAAUUCAAUCGAAAAUGUUGAAUCAGAGGAUGAUCUUGAAAUAAAAAUGGUGAUUGGUAAUGAUAUAAUCAACAAUAUGAAAACUGUUGAACAAGCAAUGAAUACAAUAAAUGGAAUAAUAAUACCUAAGGUUGCAGAUGAUGAAAUAAUGACAAGAAGAGGAUCAAAUUAUGCUAAAUUGAUUGGAUAUAAUCAUAAAGCUAAAUCCAAAAGAAAUCGACUGAAAGUACAAAAAUCUUGUGAUAAUUGGAAUCUGGAAUGA